AGCAGUUAGUUGAUCAAUGGAGAUGGGGCGUUUUUGUUGGUGCAUUAUUAUUUUGGUCUGGGUUCAAGCAUGUAUGAUCCCUGGGUUCUCUGGUUGUUUGGAGGAAGAGGAAAAUGCUCUUUUCCUACUCAAAGCCUCCAUCAACUAUCCAAUUAAUGAAUCUUUUUCACCAUCUUCGAAAUUAAUCAACAAACAGAGGACUACUACUGAUUGCUGCAAUUGGACAGGUGUCCAGUGCAGUAACAUUACAGGCCGUGUAACCCAUAUUACUCUUUAUGGGUUGAUCGAUUCUUGGAGUAUUGGAUCAGAAUAUUGGUACUUGAAUACCUCUUUGUUGCUUCCCUUUCAAGAGCUCAAGUCUCUGUAUUUGGAUGGUUACAUUCAUAAUUUUAGGGUAUCAAAAGAAGGUUUUGAAAGAUUGUCUGCUUUGAGCAAGCUGGAGGAGCUAAACUUGGAUUAUAAUGACUUCAAUGAAAGCAUCUUGCCAUCCCUUGGCAAGAUUGCAUCGCUUAAGAAACUAUCUUUGAGGUGGAAUAAGAUUAGUGGAAGGGUCCCAAUUAAUAAAGGUUUUACAAUGAGUAAGCUAGAGGAGCUCAACUUGUAUGGUAAUGACUUUACAGACAUGAGAUUCAUUUCUAAGAUUCCAUCUCUCAAGAAACUAUAUUUGGGAGAAGCUAAGUUGAAUGAGGGAAUUAAUAUUCAAGAGCUUGGAAAACUAAAGAACCUACAGGAGUUGUAUUUGGACGAUUCAUCCAUUGACAAAAGCUUUCUUAAUAAAGUUGGAGUGAUGAUUUCUCUUAAUGUAUUAUCAAUGAGAACUUGUGGACUCAAUGGGAGCUUACCCAACCAAGGCUGGUGUGAACUCAAGAAUCUACAAGAGUUAGACCUUGGUGAUAAUGAUUUUGAAGGGAGAUUGCCUUCUUGUUUGGCAAACAUGACUACACUUCAAGUAUUGAAUCUCGCAUUCAAUAACUUCAACGGAAGCAUUUCUCACUCUGCCAUACCUAGUUUGCAGUCACUCGAGUACCUUUCUCUGUCUUAUAACCACUUCAGCCCAAUUACAAUUUCCUCCUUUUUUAAUCUCUCGAAGAUUAAGAUAUUCAUGAGUAAUAACAACACACUUGUUGAUGAAACAGAGUCUCAACGUUGGACUUCAUACUUUCAGUUGAAGGUUCUGUCGUUUUCAAGUAGCCUUGCUAGAAGACCCACUAGAAUGAUUCCCAAAUUCCUUCAUUACCAAUAUAAGUUACAAGCAAUUGAUCUCUCGCACAAUAAUUUGGUGGGAAAGUUUCCCACUUGGUUGCUAGAAAACAAUACAAGAUUGGAGAUUCUUAAUUUAAGGAAUAACACUUUCACAAACCCUUUCCAAUUACCCUAUCGUCCUAAUCCCCAUAUUCGAAAAAUAGAUAUUUCGAAUAAUGAUCUAAGAGGUUCAAUUCCGACAAACUUGGGUUUAGUUUUUCCCAAUUUAGUGCAUUUAAACAUGUCUCAAAAUGCAUUUGUAGGCAUUAUUCCAUCUUCUUUAGGUAUUUUAGUUUCCUUGGGAACAUUGGACUUGUCUAGCAAUCAUUUGUCAGGAACAAUACCAGACGAUUUGGUAAUGGGUUGCCCCGAUUUGAGAUACCUCAAAUUGUCAAAUAAUAAAUUUAGUGGCCAAUUAUUUCCUGCCAUAAAUAAUCUAACUCUUCUUGAGUUUUUGUAUUUGGACCACAACCAAUUUUCCGGAAAGAUCCCAUAUAGCUUAUCUAGUAGUGCUUACUUGAUUGCAUUUGAUUUUAGUAGUAACUCUUUGUCAGGCAUGCUUCCAAGAUGGAUUGGCAACAUGACCAACUUGGUUGAAAUUGUUAUGGCCAAAAACCAACUUGAAGGUCCUAUUCCGAUUGAGUUAUGCAAAGUCAAACAAAUUAGAUUUCUUGACCUUUCCGAGAAUAAUUUUUCUGACUUCAUACCAUCCUGCUUCAAUUCAUUAAACAUCAAACAUGUUCAUCUGGGGAAAAAUAGGCUAAGUGGUCCCAUUACAAGUGCAUUCAAGAAUAGCUAUGCUCUGGUUACAUUAGAUCUUACAGAUAACCGCCUAACUGGCAACAUUCCAGAUUGGAUCGGAAACCUCUCAUCAUUGAGCAUCCUCCUCUUGAAAGCUAAUCACUUACAAGGAAUGAUUCCAAUUCAAAUAUGCCUUCUUGGAAACUUAACCAUGCUGGAUCUUUCAAAUAAUAGUUUUACUGGUCCAAUACCUCAUUGCUUGAGCGACAUUAGUUUUGGGGAAACUGAGCAAAAAACCAAUCUAGGAGGUACAAGAUCAUUUGAUUUUGGAAUUGGAGGAUCGAUAUACUUGGAGACAAAGACACAACAAAAGAUUGAAAAUGAUGGUGAUUUUUUCUCGGAAGUGGAUGCACAACAAGAAGUAGAGUUCACAACAAAGAGCAAAACUUACUCCUAUAAGGGUGAUAUCCUCAAUUAUAUGUCUGGAAUAGACCUCUCAUGCAAUUGUUUAUCUGGUGAAAUUCCACUCGAGCUUGGAAACUUGAGCAACAUCCAUGCGUUGAACUUGUCGCACAACAAUCUAACUGGAUCAAUCCCCACAACAUUCUCAUACCUAAAAGAAAUAGAGAGCUUGGAUCUCUCCCACAAUAAGUUGAAUGGCAGCAUUCCCCCUCAACUUAUAGAGUUAAACUUUCUAGCUGUCUUUAGCGUGGCUGACAAUAAUUUAUCGGGCAGAACACCAGAAAGAAAAGGUCAAUUUGGAACCUUUGAUGAAAGCAGUUAUACGGGGAAUCCUCUUCUGUAUGGACCUCCACUACCUCACACUUGGAACAAAACUGGAUUGCCAUCUAAUGAGGAGGGAGAAGAAAGUGGUGGUUUCAUAGACAUGAAUUUUUUCUACAUAAGUUUCGGGGUGUCUUACACAACAUUGUUGCUGGGAAUUAUUGCAGCUUUGUAUAUAAGUCCUUAUUGGCGUCAGGAGUGGUUUAGCUUCAUUGAAGUGUGCCUCACCAGUUCUUAUUUUUCUUUAUUUGUGAAAUCUCAUAAGCUGUCCACUUUCUAAAUUAUGUAGCUUUGCAUAAGUUUGCAUAUGUCUAUAUGCUUGUUCUUGAUUUUCAAAUCUGAGGUUUAUAGCUUUCGAUAAAUCUUUAUGGA